AUUGACACAGUGAUAAUCAGUCUGAAUUCACCAAUCGAACAGAAUAUUUUUGUGGUUUAGUGGGUUCUAGCCUUUGGCCCCUCUACGACGUCAACCCCCUUCCACCCUAUUUUCGCCAAAUGCCCGACCAGUGAUAAGCCGCAAAUAAAAAAGCCUUAGAAUUUGAUAUACUUUUUGGUGAGAACUGAAAAAUAACUACAUACUAAACACUUAGUUGGCUAGCCUAGCGCAAAAAAAAAAACGCGGUACUACUACCAAUAGCGAAAGACGAGGGAAUGACAGAGGGCACAACAAGUCGACGGCUAGGCCAACACACAUACACAGAAACAAAUAUCAGCUGCUUUUGAACGAACAUCAAAAAAAAAAGUCUCAAAUUAAGCAAGAAACUCAGAACGAUUAAAAGUGCGUCUCAAUUCUUCAAAACAAAGGCUAAAGAGAGCGGCGUGCUAAAUAUGAUUUGCAUCAUAAAGAAGAAGCUUUGAGUGCAAUAAGCAAGCGGUACACAACAAAAUCAAAACAUAGGGCAUAUUGAUUUGCUAAUUAGGUUCGUUUGAGUUAAAAAUAUAAAAAAAUAGUUUGCUUGUGCUAUAUAAAUUAAUUUACCUGUAACUCGACAUGUUAUAGUUGAAUAGAUUUAGAUAUGUGCGAAAUAAGUUCCUUAACUCGAAGUUGUUUUUAACUAUGAUCUGUUUUUUGAAAAGUUUGGGAACCAGAACAAAUUGACGAUUUUAUUGCAAAUAUUAGUAAGCUGUAAUAAUGUCGGCUCUGAUACUUAUAGGCUGGACUAAAUUAACUGUAGCGCAAUAAUCUGCCGUCCUCUCCCCUCCCCCGCAACGCUUGAUCUUUGUGAGCGGAGAGGAUCUCCCUUAUUGUCGCUCUCUUUGUGUGGCAAUAACAACAAGCAUUGUUUAUACCAGAGGCGGAAAAAAGGGGUUUGGAAAUAAAAAAAAAAGUUUUUUACAAAAAUAUUGUUUAUAAUAACGCUUAACCAAAAAGGAAUAUAACUUUCCUUUUCAUUUCAUAUAUUAAAAUGUAUAUAAAGCCCCCUUGAAAAUUAUAACAAGUCCACCCCUGCCAAUUACUCUCUCAAUUUACAUGUGCUCCAAUGUGUUAGUGGGCUAUUCUUGUUUUUGGGGGCAUGGUCUGAUUAGCAACAGGCAACUGUUCCUACCCGAUCGACUUUUUAUUAAAUGGGUUGUCUGCCGGUCUCCCAGAGCCCCGUACCCCCCAACGCCCUUGGGAACAGCUAGAAGCGAAUGAACUCACACUGACAAGAGAGCGCGAAAUUUAGAUUCAAAUGAGCAGCAGACACGCACACACUUGAACACCCGCGAAACAAAUAUUAUUUAUUCUAAUUGCUUGACGCUCCUCAAAAUUAACGAAAAAACAGGCCUACAACGAACGAACGGAAAGAGCAAAUUAAAUGGAGAACGCUAGUUGAAGACAGAGAGAUAAAAGUGAAACCGAACAUCAGGGUUAAGGUUAUACGAAAAAGCCGAAAGAUCAAAAGUGCUAGACAACUUAUAAAAAACACGACAUGUCUAGUUGGAGUUUGGCCAGUGCAGUGUCUCCAAAUGUCACCGGUGGCGAUGUCAUUCGACUGAACAGUUUCAAGUCCAGUUCGGAGACGAGUCUGCCAUCUAGGGGAUCCGGUGGAUAUGGAGGAUCUGGGGGACUACCUCGACCCACGACUCCUGUGCCCGGCAGGAAAUUGUCCUCCAAGCGACCACCACACUUAACACUGAAUGUUGCGGUCAAGUCCCACGAUGCUCCGCUGGCCGAAACGGAGAACUCGGUGCUUUCGGCAAGCGCCUCCAUCUAUGGCACUCCAAUGGGCGCCACACCCAUUUCGUCACCUGCCGGUCACAGUCAAUGGAGCCAGAAGAGCCAGAAUAGUGACGAGAGCCGCCACAGCAGCAGCACCGCCACCAGCGGAGGUUCCAUCUUCCCCCACGAACAGUACAAAACCAUCAAGAAGAUCAACAUAGGAUUCGAAAACAUUCGCUACACCACCAAAUUCGGAGUCUUCCAGAGGGAAACCAAAGAUGUACUUAUGGGACUAACAGGCUACUUUAAGUCGGGUGAGCUGAGUGCCGUUGUGGGACCGUCGGGAGCUGGAAAGAGUACCUUGCUCAAUAUCCUGUCUGGAUACACAACCUAUGGCUAUACAGGCGACUUUCGCAUCAAUGGCAAUCGAAGGGAUCUAAAGGCCUUCAAGGCAAACGUUGCCUUCAUCCGCCAGGAUACGAGUCUUCAGGCCUUUCUCUCCGUCAAGGAGGCAAUGCAUUUUGCGGCCAACUUAAAGAUCGGCACCCACAUGACGCUGAGCGAGAAGAAGGAGCGGGUGAAGAGCAUCCUGGUGGCCAUUGGAAUGUACGAGAAUCGGCACACGAGGACGGGCCAGCUCAGUGGAGGUCAGAAGAAGCGUUUGGCCAUUGCUCUGGAGCUGGUGAACAAUCCACCUGUACUUAUACUGGAUGAACCAACAACGGGCCUGGAUAGUUCCACCUCCAGUCAGCUAAUAAAUCUGCUCAAGAAACUCGCCCUCGAGGGGCGAACAGUCAUCUGCACAAUCCACCAGCCAAGUGCCCUGACCUUUGCCAUGUUCGACCAUCUGUAUGCCAUUGGCGAGGGCCAGUGCAUCUACGCUGGCGGAGCACAGAACCUACUGCCCUUCCUGGGCGCCCUCAAUCUGCACUGCCCGGAGUCCUACAAUCCAGCGGAUUACUUAAUGGAAAUAGCCACUCAUGACUAUGACACGGAGGAUGACAACCAGCUGGAGAAGCUGGUGGCUCUGAUGGACAAUGGUCGUAAUGAGGACUACAGACAGAGCAAGUCUGCCCGAGUGGCGCAACUGGCGGCCAUGAAGAAAGUUGAUCAACUAAUGGCAGCGGGCCUAAUGACACCCGUGACGGCUCCUGUGAUGUCCACAUGUGUGCCACAGCAUUUCCCGCAGGGCAGCAUCUUCAAGCCACUCACGCCCAUCAAUGAACUGUCUUCCCGGGUGUGGGACAGUCAGACGGCGGGAAUCGGAAGCGGCGAUGUGGGUGGAAAGUCCGCCGGAAGCUGCUGCAAGCCAAAGAAAAAGAAGAAACCCAGGCCAGCACUGGAGUUAGAUCCAUCGCAUCUAUGCAAGCAGCAGAACAUCUAUGCCACUCCAUUCUACCGCCAGCUAAGCAUCUUGCUGCUAAGGACCUUCCUGCUGAUUUGGCGGGACAGCUCGCUGACCACAAUGCGGUUCGCCAUUCACCUGGUCACUGGGCUGCUGAUAGGCACCCUGUACUUUGGGAUCGGCAACGAUGCCGCCCAUACGCUGAAUAUCUUUCGAUACCUCUUCUACACGAUCAUGUUCAUCAUGUAUUGCGCGUUCUCGGGUAUAUUGGUAAAGUUUCCAUUGGAGUUCCCCAUUGUGUCGCGGGAGCACUUCAAUCGCUGGUACUCCCUGCGAGCGUACUAUGUGGCCAUCACCCUGGCGGAUCUGCCCAUCCAGGUCAUCUGCAGUGCUCUGUUCAUCGUGCCCACCUAUCUGUUGACCCAACAGCCUUUGGAGCUCUGGCGGUUUGGCCUCUUCUUCCUGAUGGUGUUCGUUACGGCUCUGGUCUCGCAGAGCAUCGGAUUGGCGGUGGGAGCAGCACUGAGCCUCAAGUUGGGCUCCAUCCUGGGUCCCUUCUUCAUCUGCCCGUUCCUGCAGUUCAGCGGCUUUUUUCUGAUGGAGAAAGACGCUCCGGUCUAUAUGCGCUGGAUGUUCGACAUUUCCUUCCUGAAGUACAGUCUGGAGGGAUCCAUGGCGGCCAUUUUUGGAUACAAUCGAGACCGUUUGGUCUGCGAGGAGAUGUAUUGCCAUCUGAUAGCACCGAAGCACAUUCUCAAGAGCCUGGACAUGGCCGAUGCGAACUAUAGUUUUGCCCUGAUCGUUCUACUCGGCAUUUUGGUCUUCCUGCGCAUCGUGGCGUUCUACAUCAUGUCCUUUCGCCUAAGAUUGUUCAGAUCAACAAUCAGCCGCCGUCUAAUGGCCGAUAACGCGGUACAAAUUCAGGCGAAUGGCCUGGCCCAAAAGCAACAGGCGCUGGAGUUGCACUUCAGCCAAGUUAGCUACUCAUUGAAGGGAUCUACAAAGAGUUCCACUCCCAUACUGAACGAGGCAUGUGGUGCGUUUAAAUCAGGACGGUUGACGGCCAUUCUGGGUCCCUCGGGAGCUGGAAAAUCCACAUUGCUCAAUGCCCUGGCAGGUUUCAAACUCCAAGGAGUUUCAGGGCAGUUCCUCUUGAAUAGCAAACCCAGGGAUAUGCUGUCGUUUCGGAAAAUGUCCGCAUACAUUGCUCAGGACUUUGUGAUGCUUAACCUCCUGACUGUCGAGGAGACAUUGCGCGUUUCCGUUGACCUAAAAAUGCCCAGUUCCACAAAUCCCCAGGAGAAACAGAAAACUAUAGACGACAUAAUCGACAUACUGCAGUUGCAGUCCUGCCGUCGGACUUUGGUAAAGAACUUGUCUGGAGGCGAACACAAGCGUCUGUCCAUUGGAAUUGAACUGGUGACGAAUCCGCCCAUUAUGUUUUUCGAUGAACCCACCAGUGGCUUGGAUUGUGUGGCCAGCUACCAGGUUAUUUGCCAUUUGCAAAGAUUGGCCCACGAUGGCAGGAUAGUGGUCUGCGUGGUCCAUCAGCCCGGUUCGCGACUUUUCCAACUUUUCGAUGAUGUCCUGGUCUUGGCCCACGGCGAGGUUCUCUAUGCCGGCGAACAGCGCGAAAUGCUGGGCACCUUUGCAGGUUCCGGUCACAUCUGUCCUCAGUACUACAAUCCAGCGGAUUUUGCCCUGGAAGUGUGCAGUCAAUCGUCCACCACAGAGCGCUGUGAAUCGCUCAUCACUCAAAACAAGAUGAUUUAUUGCAACUCCAGCAAUGUUGUAAAGUUGCAGGUGGAUGAGGAGACAGCAUUAAUGGAUGUCCAUCGGGAUACUUUGGAUAUGAGCCAUCUGCGUGGUAAGGAGCAGGUGGGCUUCUGGUUCCAGCUGAGUGUGCUCCUUCGCCGCCAUUUGCGCUCCAUGUCUAGGGACAUGGUUGCUGUCCAGAUGCGUCUGUUGAUGCACGUGGUGGUGGCCUUACUCCUGGGCGUGGUCUACUGGCAAAUAGGCAGCGAUGCGGGCAAAAUAGUAUCCAAUGUAUCCUGUCUGUUUUUUGUGAUCCUGUUCGUGUUCGCCGGCAACGCCAUGCCUUCGAUUCUACUAUGCAUGCAGGAUUCGGCGGUGUUCAUCAGGGAGUACUACAACGGAUGGUACUCGCUGGGAGCCUACUAUAUCUCCAAGGUUCUGGCCGACUUGCCCUUGCAGCUAACCUGUCCCACAAUGUUCAUUAGCAUCGGAUACUUGAUGACGGGACAGCCACCGGAGCUCCAUCGAUUUGUCAUGUGCUGGGGCAUCUGUGUGAUGACUGCGUUUAUUGGCCAUUUUAUUGGGGUUAUCGCGGGAUCCCUGUUCACCAUGCAGUUGGCCAUUUUCCUGGUGCCGAGUGCCACGAUUCCGUUCCUUCUGUUCUCCGGCUUCUUCAUCCGGCUGAACGAACUCUCCUGGUUUCUGCGUCCCAUCUGCGAUGUGUCCUUUUUCCGAUACAUCUUCGAGGGUCUGAUGAGGGCCAUCUAUGGAUAUGAUCGCGGGGAACUGGAGUGCCAUGCCGCAUUGAAUUUCUGCUACUACAGGACGGCUGAUCAGUUCCUCAAGGACUUCGAUAUGCAGGGCGAUGAGUUUGCCUGGGAUAUGGCUGUCCUGGGUGUAUUCGUGAUCCUCCUGCUUCUCGCCUUUUUUGUGACCCUAAGCACGGUCAUCCGACGAGCACUUCGGUGAUAAGAUUAGUUCGUGACCUGGGUUUACAAUUUAUUUCAAUUUAAAUUCAAUAAAUUUUCGGGCGGACAAAAGAUUUAAAAUAAUAUAUUGUUAUAAAAUCACUGAAUAAUGUGCACAGCCCUGGUAUGGAAAUAUGCCGGAAAAUCGCGGGAAAAGCUUUGAGACCGUUUUCUCCUACAUUAGCCAAGUCCCGAACCUAAAAUACUUUACUUUUAAAACAGGUUUGAAAAGAGGCUGCAACCAUUUAUCUAAACAAUUCUAUGUGAUUAUGUGCUUAUUUGUUAACUUAAUUAUCUAAGUGGAUCUGUUAACUUUUCAAUUUGUUAACUUUGAAUUAAAUGCAGACCUUUGAAUAAUCCACAAUUUAUUAUCGGUAAAGAAAGCAUACAAAAUGGAGAGAACAGGUUGAACUUAAUUAGACUGUGGUACCAAUAAUAAAAAUUAAAUUUAAUAUUUGUAAAUGCAA